ACGUCCAUACAUAAAAUCCAAAUAUUUCUCAAGUUCAUUCCACUUCUCUCAACAUCAACAAGUAUCAACAAAUCGUUGAAAAAGCUUGUCCAUUUUCCAAUUGAACGGGCCACCAAUUCGCCGUGUAUCUAAGCAAAUUCGAUCGUUUGCUUUUCUUUCAGAGCGAGCAGAAUGGUAUAAAGUGUGAAAUUGGGUUAAGGUUAAUCCAUGUAACCGGCCGGUAACCAUGUAACAGUUGCAAACGCCGUUGACGCAACGAUCGACAGAAAUCGUCGGUCGAAAACGGCACUCUAUGCAGGGAAACGUUACAUGAAUAAUUUAUGGCGGGGGAUCGUGUGUAUUAAAUAUAGAGGAACGUUGAAACGUCACGCUCGCGCGAGCGGCGCACAACGCGCGAUAACGCUUCGCUCGCGAAACGCGAGAAAGUGUGCACGCGGAUCGAUCUGCCUCGUCCGGGAAGUUUCGUGAAACACGAAACUGUGCGCGAGAUACGAGAUACGAAGAAGUGAUACGAAAAUUCAAUUUUUUUUUUUUUUUUUCACUCUCCUGAUUUUCAAGGAACUUCGUUGUGUUUGCACGUGUUGGCCGAUUAAUAACUCGAAAUUGUUUCACUCGAAAGAACGUUCGAUGACGAUUAUUCGUGGAUAUCGAACGAGUGAAAAUCCGACAUUUUCCUUGUAUCGGAGUCUAAACAACAGAGUCACUUGUACACGUGGUCGAUUUAAUUCUAAAUUUCUUCAUUUAAAAUCCCAGUGUCUCGCGGUGAGUUUGCAGAUGUCGAAGGAACGAAAUAUUCUUUUGUUAUUAUUGGAAAAAAGGUAUACGAAUAUUUUUUUUUCUCUUUCUUAUUUUUAUGAACAGUGUGUCUACGCGUAAUCGAUUUAAUUCGAAAUUCCUCCACUUAAAACGAUAAUGCGAAUGCUAAAUGUAUGUGGAGUGUUCUCGUUCCAGAAACGAAAAUAAGAUGGAUGUUUAUUUGUCGUGCGGAACGAUCCAGUAAACAUCUUACGUUGAUUCGAUUAACUGUACCUCUGGAUAUAUUCUUGUUAAUAUGUUGAACGUCGCACGAUUUAAAGAAAAAUAAAUUUAUAUAUCGAAAACUUUAAUGGGGACGUGUGUUGACAAGAAUUGACGAGAAAUGUUUCCCAACGUAAUAAUACCAGCAAUGUCCUUGGAGGAAUCGCGGCGUUCGCAGCGUCCGUACAGGUACGGGAUGGUUCUCCUUUGCGUUGGUGCAUUGAUAAACUGGUUAGGCCUCGCGGAGAACUACGUCGAACCGGUACGAUAUGUCGGUGUUGCUUGCAUAAUAGCAGGCGCUCUUCUCAUAUGUGCAGCAAUGUGUUGUUGGCUGCACGCACCGCCAAGUAGGGCAGCCAUGCACACACAACACACAAAUCAUCCAAUCACAGCACAAAUAGAUGAUCCGAUCCAUGUAAUCUCCAUCGAGGAACCAUCUAGUCUAUCCAGACAAAAACCACCAGAUUACGAGGCGGUCACGGAUGCGCCACCUAGCUACGAUGACGCUAUCAAGUUAAAUCCUAGUCACCUAUUUAGGAACAAUAGUAGCACGUUAUCGUUGCCAACUGUGCACACAAUGGUCCCUAGAACAGUGGAGAUCGUUUCUAGGGACCCUACACCAUCACCGCCGCCGCCUUACGCGAGGUGAGAUAUUUGGUAGCAGCAAUAAUGAUCGCAACUAAACGAAAGACUUGCGGCGUGCUGGAGGUCCAGCGUAUUGCAAUACAAAUUACAGAUUGCCCGAGUACAAAAGAGGGUGCGAAGAACUCCGUCAUUUGUGUGUCAACCGUCACGGUAGCAUUGAUGAUAGGGGUUGCACUCGAAACAAUCAUUUACGACGGAUAAUUAUAUCUCGUCGUAGCACUGGGCCUUGUUUUAGUAGAUUAAAGAUUUGUGUUCAAUGAAUCAAGCAAGUCCUCCAUACAGGGCACCGCAUUUGUCACUGUAUCAACGCAACGAUACACGAUCGAAGAUAGAAUCGAAGAUGGAAGCAUCAAUUGAAUUAAUGAUCACGAUUUGAUCGAUGGACUCCAAAUGGUGAAAGAGACGAAGAUGGCGAAUCGUCGAAUGUUCCCAAGAAACUCGAUGAACGAAAAGAACCGAAGAACUGAAGAAGAAGAGUCAAUGGAGAUGUGAACAUUGUGCCUUCCGUAAAGCGCCUAUUAUUACAGAGAGAGCAAGAGAGAGAGAGAGAGAGAGAGACACAAGCCUAAAUGUUUGCACGAAAUACUCAUGACUCGAUAACUAAUUGCAGAAUUGUUGAAACUUCAAGCGAACUUGAAUCCGUAACUUGGGCACGAUUAUUGAUUUCGUCUGGCUAAUUUAGAGAGUGUCUAAAAUAGCAAAUACGAAUCUUCGAUAAUAACGUUUCUUGCGUCUAUAUUAUCUGAACGUAUUCCUUGUGAAGAAUGGCGGCGUUCACCGUUGUCGAGUAAUUUAAAAAGAUCCUGAGAGAUGAGAAAGGAUAAAAGAAUGAAAAAUAGGUGUCCUUAAAAAAAAAAGAG